CACUGUAAUACCCACUCUCUCUGAACAAAAAAACCUAACCUUCACCAAAACUCUCUCUACUACACUCUUAUCCAAAACCCACCACCACCAGCCUCCUCCAUCGUCAUCUUCUUCCUAAACCCUAAAGCCCCCACCGCUCCUCUCUCUGCCGUUUUCCCUCCGUUAAAGAGAGUAGAUGGCGUCUACGUUCGCAGCCAUGUCAUCUGCUGGCUCCUUGGCUGCCCCGAGUGGUCGAGUGUUGGAUAACAAGUUCCAGAAGCUUUCCUCUUCUUCCUCCAUUUCUUCAUGCUCUUUUGCUAGAAGGCAGAAUGUCGUUAGAAGAACCCCUUCUCCAAGGAUUUCUGCCAUGGCCAAAGAGUUGCAUUUCAACAAGGAUGGUUCAGCCAUUAAGAAAUUACAAACGGGUGUUAACAAGCUCGCGGAUCUUGUUGGUGUUACUCUUGGUCCUAAAGGAAGAAAUGUUGUCCUAGAAAGCAAGUAUGGCUCCCCCAAAAUUGUUAACGAUGGUGUCACCGUCGCCAAAGAGGUUGAGUUGGAGGACCCUGUGGAGAACAUUGGAGCUAAACUAGUGAGGCAGGCAGCAGCUAAGACUAAUGACUUGGCUGGUGAUGGAACAACCACAUCGGUUGUUCUUGCCCAAGGUCUUAUUGCUGAAGGAGUCAAGGUGGUAGCUGCUGGAGCAAACCCUGUUUUGAUCACAAGAGGUAUUGAGAAGACCACAAAGGCUCUGGUGGCUGAACUCAAGUUAAUGUCUAAAGAGGUUGAGGACAGUGAACUCGCAGAUGUGGCUGCAGUUAGUGCGGGAAACAACAAUGAGGUCGGAAGCAUGAUUGCCGAAGCCAUGAGUAAGGUUGGCAGGAAGGGUGUGGUGACCCUUGAGGAAGGGAAAAGUGCUGAAAACAGUCUCUAUGUUGUUGAAGGAAUGCAAUUUGACCGAGGUUACAUUUCGCCCUACUUCGUUACUGACAGUGAAAAGAUGUCAGUAGAAUAUGAAAACUGCAAGUUGCUUCUUGUUGACAAGAAAAUUACUAAUGCAAGGGAUCUUAUCAAUGUUUUGGAGGAAGCCAUCAGGGGUGGAUACCCAAUUGUGAUUAUUUCAGAGGACAUUGAACAAGAAGCAUUGGCUACUCUUGUUGUGAACAAGCUCAGAGGGGCUUUGAAGAUUGCUGCACUUAAAGCUCCUGGUUUCGGAGAGCGCAAGAGCCAAUACCUUGACGAUAUUGCCAUUUUAACCGGAGGAACUGUGAUCAGAGAAGAGGUGGGACUUAGCUUAGACAAAGUAGGCAAGGAGGUCUUAGGUCAUGCUUCAAAGGUGGUGCUUACUAAGGACACCACCACAAUCGUCGGUGACGGAAGUACCCAGGACGCAGUUAACAAGCGGGUUGCACAGAUUAAGAAUCUUAUUGAGGCUGCAGAGCAGGACUAUGAAAGGGAGAAGCUCAGUGAGAGAAUUGCAAAAUUGUCCGGUGGUGUUGCUGUGAUACAGGUUGGUGCACAAACCGAAACAGAGCUCAAAGAAAAGAAGUUGAGAGUUGAGGAUGCCCUUAAUGCAACAAAGGCAGCUGUUGAGGAAGGUAUUGUAGUAGGUGGUGGAUGCACCUUGUUGAGAUUGGCAUCAAAGGUGGAUGCAAUUAGAGACAGCCUUGAAAAUGAUGAGGAAAAGGUUGGAGCCGAUAUUGUCAAGAGAGCUCUCAGCUACCCAUUGAAAUUAAUUGCCAAGAAUGCCGGAGUUAACGGUAGCGUGGUCAGUGAGAAGGUGCUCGCCAGUGACAAUUUCAAAUACGGAUACAACGCGGCCACUGGAAAGUACGAAGAUUUAAUGGCUGCUGGAAUUAUUGACCCAACCAAGGUGGUAAGGUGUUGUUUAGAACAUGCCUCGUCUGUGGCCAAAACAUUUUUGAUGUCAGACUGUGUGGUUGUGGAGAUAAAGGAGCCAGAACCAGCAAUGCCUGCUGGCAACCCCAUGGACAAUUCAGGUUAUGGCUACUGAGAAAAGAAAAAUUGAGUCCAUCUUGGGAGAAAGGAAGGAGAUAAAAGAACAAAUAAAAUCACUCUCAAAUGGAAAGCCAACUCAAACUCAACUCAACUCAACCUAAAAUUCUUGAUUGAUUAAGAUAAAUUUGUAGUUGUCUUGUGUGUGGAGUAAUCUUUGCUUUACAUCUUAUUUUGUAUACCAAGAAAAUUUGUGGUGAAGAGAAGAGAGAGUAGCUUAGCUUAGCUUUUACAUCGUCUGGAUUUUGCGGCAAAAAUUUGUAGAAUUUAUUUUGGCCAUAAAACAAUUAAACAUUUUUGUAGUCAACAAUAAUCUUUUCUUUGUU